AUGGACCAAGAUCAAUACGUUCCAAUAACCGUGAUUGCCGGGUUUCGGAAAAUCACUCAGCUCACCAACGACUACAAUCUGAUCCUUCAAGUUCUUCGUGGUUGGUUUCCAUUCAUUUUAGCCUUUUUUCUCUCAUCUAAAUAAUAUGUGUGACGGGUUGUUAUUUCACAUUGCCGGAAAUUGACUUUUGCCUCUUUUGCCAGUAGGUUAUACUCAACAAAAAGAGAAAUGGAAAAUUGCCACGUUAUAGAAUAAAAAAUGAGCCACACGUUUAAAACUACUCAUUUUAUUGAGAUCUUGUUUUACUAAAAAAAAAAAUCGGAAUCAAAUUCCGAAAUCAUCAGAUUCAGUUUACUUGGAGUGGUCCCUGAAGGGAGUUAAGGAGAAAACAGCCUUGUUAGGGGACGAAAAGUGGUCCCUAUGGGGGUGAAAUCAAUAGGCUCCCUAUAGGAAUGAGUCGAUUUUAUUGAAAAAAGGUCAAUUUCUUAGUUUUCCGCAUCAAAAUGCUUUUUCGCAUGGAGCUCAUAAAAAUUAUCAACUACCAUGUCCCCUAUAGGGACCACUUUUGCAAGCUUUAGUCGACCCUAUAGAGGUCGGCAAAAAGGUCCAAGGACCUUGAAGGUUCACUAUAGGGACCACUCAGAAGUUCUUAACUAUGAUUAUGAAAUUACAGAGUCGAACCAAGUAGAAGUGGACGAACGAGGAGAGAAAGUUCGGCCACUCAGCAGAAGAUGUACGAUAAUUCUCCGCGAGAUCCCUGAGCAACAUAGAGAAGUGAGACUUUUUCGCAAAAUCCUUCGGCAAACGAGCUUUUGAGGAGCUGGAGAAGAUGCUCGCCGGUGGACCACCAUACUCCGAGCUGCUCUACGGACUCAACGACAGCUGGUACGUCACCUACGACACUGAAGAAGCGACGCAAAACGCCUACAUGCACCUGCAGAACCUCGACGUAACCUUCAACAAUAAACCAAUUUGCGUGAGUACUCCUUGAAGAAUUUCUAACUCGAUUGAAAAAUACUUUACAGGCUAGAAUAAAGGCUGGCGGGCCUCCGAACUCUGAAAACCAUGCAAACUUGGAAAGGAGAAGUCCUUCACAAGUAAGAUCUGCCAUAGAGAAUCCUUGAUAGAACUCAGAUAAAGCAGGCACCUUCGCCAGUGGUCGAAACGCAAAUUUUCUCGAGCAUAUUGGAUCUGGGACCAGUCCUGGCAAGCUAUGGGUAUGUGCCGCGGGCCACAUAUCGACCUGGAGAAACCAUCGUUCAUGUCGAAGAAGAAGAACGGACACCGAUGCAAGGGAGACACCCGUUCCGAACAGGAGUACAAAGAAAUGGUUAGUUCAAUCUCAGGUCUAGAGAAAAAGGAACUAUUUUUAAGCAACAAAUAUGAAAAAAAUUGGAUGAGGAUAGAAAUUUUAUAAUAUAAACGCGCAGUUGUUCUUAAAAUUGACAGCGUAGAGCGUGAAUUUUGGUCAAAAACCAACAACGCAGGCGAUUCCAGGAGGUUGGAAGGUGAAUAGAAGAUAGAACUUCUCAAGAAAGCCUUAGGAAGGUGUUCAGAAGGCAGUUGGAAAGUCUUUAGAAGGUAAAAAACUAAAAAUGACCACCAGAAGCCUCCCAGCAGACUUCUGGAAGGUAAGUAGAGGUGUUCAGAAGGUAUCUAGAAGACGUAUGACCACUUGCUUGGAAUCUUCCUAAUGCCUUUCGAGGGUAUUCCAUAGAAAAUAUUUUAUAAUUCUUUUCCAAUAUAACCCUUGAGAAAAGAAAAAACCCCAGCUAAAGUUACAUUUCUGACCUUUCUUGAAGAAAGUCGGAGACCAAUACAUUUACAGGCGCUCCAAAAUCGCAGUCGGGCCGCAGCUUGACGCAGAACGGCAGCGUUUACAACGGAGCCGGUUGCUCCUCCUAUGGAACCACGUCGGCCGCCAACACUUUCGAUAAUCGUCGGUACGGACGCGACUCGAGAGAACCGAAAGAGCAACGCAACGCGCAAUCUUCACACCGAAGGAAUGGAGGAGUGGCGUCGAGCCAAGGACAGAGCAGUGGAAUCAGCAUCACCGGCAGUAGUGGAGGUAGUUCCUCGUCUUAUGCUAACUCGGUAUCUCAGCGGGUGCCCCCGUAUCAAACCCGUACAAGCUGGUAGAACUUUUGGCAAUUUUCACCCUAGCCGAGGCACCUGUCCAGAAUGAGUCUGGUUCUCAGUAACUUGAAGCGGAUUUCGACUUGUUCUUUUAGUGCGAGAAGGCCGAAUUUUAAUUUCCUCAUGACCACUUUCUCCAAAGGAAACCCCAGAAAGCAAAAUCUUCUAUCUAUGAAGGACCUAAGAAUAAAAAAAUCCAGGAAACACUUCAGGAGGAAGGCGUAACGGUGGGAACUCUUACUACAACGACGCCCGCAGGCAGCGGACCUAUGACGGAGAAUUAGCCCAGACGAUUGGACCAAAUGGCUGGAAUAUCGCCAGAGGGACCGAAUCAUCGCGGACCAAUCGCAACCAUUCAUCCUACUCGAUCAAGUGCGUUUUUCGAAGAUUUAAAUAUAAUUGAUUAGAUGAAAACUUGACUAGGGAGCCUUUUUACCUCGCAAACCUCGCUUCUAUUUUUCUAUUUUUGACGCUUUUGAUCAAAACUUUUGUGUUUUUAGACCAAAGAUUGAAGAAUGAUUAAAAUGUUUUCGAGGUUCGAAAAAUCCGUCAAAAUAAGAUAAGAGGAAUUUCUCAUUCUCUAAACUUUCUGAAUCUCUUUACAACUAUUUUAAACGUUAAUUCCUGCUCAUAGCAAGAAUUUAAGACUAAUUUAGAAACUUUUUUUCAGAAUCAAAAUGAGAUUAUAUAUUUUCACAAUAGCUUCCCAUUAUAUAUUUUUCACAAUAACUUUCCAUUACCGUUGAAUCCCUUCAAAAACGUUAACAAAAAAAAAAUCAUAGCUUCUUUUUCGGGAAAAAUUUGGUUUAUUUUUGGAACUCGACACAAUUUUCCUAUUUUCAAAAUGAAAGAAAACAGCGAUGAGAAAAAAAACUCACAAAGUAUCAACCUGGAGUGUAGUUCUAGAGUGCGGGCAGGAGCAAACCUGAAAUUGAAAGAUUUAUAAAGUGGAAAUAAAAAAAUCAGAUCGCGGAAUAGCACAGCCGGGAGCGAAAAAGAAGAAGAAAGUGGAAAUAUAACGCCGACGCCAACUCUGAAAGAAUUCGACUCUUGUACGGAGGAAGCGACGAGCGACACCACCGACCGUAAAGUUCGUUUAGUAACAAUUUCUAUAGUCUGUGUGCCACGACUUGGAACUUCACGGAACGACAUUCCGCUGUUCCGCUGCGUGUGUUCGCGAACCUUGGUCGCGCUUUUAAUUUUUUUUUUUUAGGUACUCUGCUUACAUGUGCUCCCACAGCAAUAAUAAUCUAUUAAAAGCGUGACCUAGAUUCAAAAGACGCUUCGCGAACACACGCAGCGGAACAGUGGAACGUCGUUUCGUGAAAUUUCAAGUCGUGGCACACAGACUAUAUGAAAAGCUUGCUUUCUUUCUGAUUACAAUUCCAUCUUUACAGCGUUCAUCGCAAAGCGCGAGUUCGGUCUAUUCGUUCGAAGAACAAGCCUUUCCAAGCCUUUCAGUUCCCAAAGUGGAGCCCGAGAAACCAACCGAAAAACUUAGCUUCAGGUUAGCUUUAUUUUUGCAUUUACAGGAGCAAAAAUGGGUUUUUUUUUUGGUUUAAAUUUCAUAACUUUCUCGCAUGCUGAGCAGGUGUCUCAACGGGUGUACCCGUAUUAAACCCGUGUUUCUGAGGGUAUUUUAGUCUCAGUUGGGCUAAAACGGGGGAACGACGGGUGUAAGAAAAAUAUGUAACCCAGCUGGGCUAAAGCGGGGUCUCAGUUGGGCUAAAAAGUGCCAAAAGUUUUAUCAGCUGGGCUUAUACGGGUUUAAUACGGGGGCACCCGCGGAGACCCCGUGUUAGCACGGCUGGGUUACCCUGCUCAGCAUUCGAGUUUGUUAAAAAUUAAUGUUUUGGCCUAGAAUUUUGAAGAAGUUUGUUGUAAAAAAAAACGAUUUUUUGGACCUGAAAUUUCGGAAAAGCAAAUCGAAGAAGUUUGGAAGAAGAUCCCCCGAAGUAUUAGACUUUUUUUUUCUCAUUGAGUUGUCUUUUAUACCGGUUUACUGGUUUUUGCUGAAUUUAUAUUUAUUAUUUUUGCGAUUUUGAUGAAUAUUCUUAAGAGAAAUUUUUUGGAAUCGGUUCAAGCUUCUAAUUCAAAUCGUCAAUAACCUCAUUUUACUUGAUUUGUGGAAAUUUCAGGUCAAAAUGAUUAUUUUGACAAAGUUACGGAUGGAAAACCAAAAAAAGACUAACCCAUUUUCGCUAUUGUUAAACAAGUUUUUUUUUUCAUUUUUGCGAAAUUGAACCAUUUUCAGUUUUGUCGCGGCUGGAAGGAAGAGCUCCAAACCGGAAACGAAGAAAAGCUACGCGGAGAAGCUCAAGGAAAAAUCGCUCCGGAGCAAUCAGUCAUAG